AUGCAUGGAUCAAAACCGAAGGAAGAAUUGUUUGCUGAAUAUCCGCUUGUUGGAUUUAUUUUGCGAACAUUGAAUGUUGCUGAAGUAAAAGAUGUUAUUCUUAGAUUGGGUUUUUAUGAAAGAUCAUUCGAUCGAUUCACUGUAACGAAGUUAAAAAAUGAAGUGUCAGCACAUUAUCAAAAUCAAUUUUUUAAACAAAUUCAUGUUCUUAUACUCGGUUUGGAUGUAUUAGGUAAUCCACUUGGUAUCAUUCGAGGUAUAGCUGAAGGAGUUGAAUCAUUAUUUUAUGAGCCAUACAAAGGUGCAAUCGAAGGUCCACUAGAGUUUGCUGAAGGUAUGGCUACUGGUGUUUUAACAUUGGUCGGUUCAACUGUUGGCACUGCUGCUGGUGCAGUUUCAAGAAUUACAGGUGUAAUUGGAAAAAGUUUAGCAACACUUACAUUUGAUGACGAAUACAAAGCUUCACGUAUUCGUCGUAGAGAACCAGAAGCUAAUGCGGUUACAGAUAUUGCUGCUGGUGGAAAAAAUGUAGUCAUGGGAUUUGUCCAUGGUGUAACUGGUGUCGUUACAAAACCAGUAACUGGUGCAAUGCGUGGUGGUGCAUCGGGCUUGGUGAAAGGUUUAGGAAAAGGUUUAUUAGGUCUUGUAGCACAGCCCACUGGUGGUAUUGUGGAUUUUGCUAGUACUUCACUUGAUUUAGUUAAACGUACGGCUACACAAGAAAAAGUUGUUCGCCGUGUUCGAUAUCCACGGCAUGUUGGUCGUGAUGGCCUUGUUCGUCCAUAUAUUCCUCAUGAAGCAAUGGGUUUAUAUAUUUUAAAUCGACUUGAAAAUAGACAAUAUGCAAAAACGGAUACCUAUGUUGCUCAUAUUAUAUGUUCAGAAAACCCAUUGAGUUGGCUCAUGGCUACUUCAAAACGUAUUUUAUUUAUUACAGAGAUUUCAUUGCUUGGUAUUUAUGAGCCUCAUAACACUGGUGCAUUUGAUGCAAAUCGAUUAUCUGGAAAACUGGUUAAAUAUCGAAAUAUUGAUGAAGCUCGAACCGUUCAAGUUAAUAAUGAUGAUAAUAAUAAUAAUAAUAAAAUUAUAUUACAGGAUACAAUCAAUCGUCCCACUAAAAAGAAAAAGAAAAAAAAAUCACGUAAAUCUUCAUUAGCAAUAGAUCAUACAAUUCCAUUAGUGGAUAAUAAUAAUAUUGACAUAAAUAUUCAAACUUCAUUAACUGAAAAUUGUAUUAUAUACAGAAGUAAAUGUCCAUGUGAUAAACAUUAUAAUAAACAAUUAAUAGAACAUAAUUAUGAUUUACCAGUUGAUCAAUUAUUUGAUUUAAUAUUUGGUUCAAAUGAAUUUGUUCGAACAUAUCGACAAGCUCAACGUCUAUUUGAUCAAACAGAAACUGAAUGGAUAACAAAUGAAGAAACAAAUCUUUGUGAACGAACACUUAAUUAUAAAGUACCAUUUGAAACUAGAUUAUUGGGUAAAAGUACAAUUAUAACACGUGAAAAACAAAUACGUUCUCAAGAAGUACCUGGUUCUCAUUAUGUAAUUGAAACUGAAGUGUAUAAUGAAGGUGUAAAAUUUAGUGAUACAUUUACUCUUAUUAUACGUUUUUGUCUUGUUCAAAUAUCACCAACAACAUCUAAUCUACUUGUAACUGCUCGAAUUCAAUAUAUUAAACCUGUUAAUGGAAUUAUAAAACAAUUUAUUGAAAGAAAUUCUUAUUCAGCAUCACAAGAAGGUUUAAAAGAUUUAAAUAUUCGCCUCAAUGCUCUUAAAAACUUUUCAAUGGACAAACCUUGUUUAACUAAUGGUGAAGUAACAUUACAAGAACCUAUUAUUGACAAAGUCCAUAGCAUCAGUCAACAUGAUAUACGUCCUGUAAAUCUAUCAUUAUCUAAUAAUAAUAAUAAUAAUGCAAAUGUAGGAACUUCUGACGAAGAUAAUAUCGUGUAUAUUAUCAUAUUCAUGGUUGGUAUUCUUUCCAUAAUACAUAUUUAUUUAUAUUAUAAACUUGCACAUACAGAUUAUCUUCUUGACAAAUUAAAUCAUUUAUUACAAAUGUAA